AUGGAGAGCGACAUGAUCUUCCUGUUGGGCGCGAAGCAGGCACAGCACAAGGCCGCGUCGCAUCGUGACCGCUCGGCGUCGAUGCCCCAGACCUACGCCUCCAUGCUGGCGUCCUCGACCCCCUUCCUCUCGCCGCCACGACGGUCCUCCUUCUUCGCCAGCUACGUCGGCGAGCGAAGCGGCACGACGAGGCUUCAUGACGACGACAGCGCCUUCCCUUCGCCCACCUUCGUGUAA